UUUCCCUGCUUAUCAUCUGUAUUGACUUUUUGUGUCAAAAUGAUGAUUUACCAAAGCUCCUUUUUUUUCUUCCCAAACCUUUCGCUCUUGACGCGCGUCUUGGCCGUGACGUCAGCGCGGACACGCCCAGCCUCUUCCUCACUGCUGUGCCGCGAGCAGCAAAGUCGGAAACACAAGUUCAACCGCAUCUUUUAUGUACCGUUAGCCGAACACCGUUACUCUGCUACUGAGCCAAAGCAAGGUAGCCAGACCGGAGAAUCAGAAAGCAUGGCGAAAACGUACGAUUACCUGUUCAAGCUGCUGCUCAUCGGAGACAGCGGAGUGGGCAAGACGUGUCUGCUGUUUCGAUUCAGCGAGGACGCGUUCAACACCACCUUCAUCUCCACUAUAGGGAUCGACUUUAAAAUCAGAACAAUCGAGCUGGAUGGGAAGAAGAUCAAGCUUCAGAUCUGGGAUACAGCCGGACAGGAGAGGUUCAGAACCAUCACCACUGCAUAUUAUAGAGGAGCAAUGGGAAUUAUGCUGGUGUACGAUAUCACAAAUGAGAAAUCAUUUGACAACAUCAGGAACUGGAUCAGGAACAUUGAGGAGCAUGCAUCGUCAGAUGUGGAACGGAUGAUAUUGGGUAACAAAUGUGACAUGAAUGAUAAGAGGCAAGUUUCAAAAGAAAGAGGGGAAAAGCUAGCUAUUGAUUAUGGAAUCAAGUUCUUGGAAACAAGUGCAAAAUCUAGCACAAACGUUGAAGAGGCCUUUGUCACUCUUGCUAGAGACAUCAUGACCAGAUUAAACAGAAAAAUGAAUGAGAAUAACCCUUCGGGAGGAGGAGGAGCAGUGAAAAUCACAGAGAGUCGAUCCAAGAAGCCGAGCUUCUUCCGCUGCGCUCUGCUCUAACCCGGCAACUUCUGCAGCCUCAGUGUGUGAAAGAUUUCAUUUCUCUGUGUGUUUGCCGUGUGUGUGUGUGUGUGUGCGUGCACGCGUGUGUGCGUUUGUGUGAGGGUUUACAGUACCACUGGACUUUCAGCUGUUAGCUGCUGCUGAGAGCUCUGGACUUUAGCCUGCCUCAUCUAUACGUAUUGAAGGCUUGAAGAGAGUAUGCUAGACAAAGGACUCAUGCGCUGUUCCCAAAACGUUCCUUUUAAGCCAAAAUCUCCAACUACCUAACCCCUUAGCCCUUUGGAUCACUCCCAAUUUAGUUUUAUCUUUAAAAUAAUUAAUUACAUAUAGUCCAUUUUUAGUCAUGUAGGUUAUUAUAGCGCCAUUUAAUGAAGGAAAAUGUAUGAAGAGAUUACAGUAUAUCAAACUCUUGCUAUUAUGCAGUUUUUGGCAAUAAAGAUUGUGGAUCUAAAGUAGCGACUGAACAACCUGAUGGUUUGACGGUUAAAUAUUGGUCAAACUGAAGGACAUGCAAUAUAUAAAUAUAUAUAUAUAUAUAUAUAUAUAUAAUCUUUUUUGUUGCUGAAUGUUAUGUUUUGUUAUAUUUAAAGUCACCCAUUUUAUAUGUACUUAAUUGUGUUUUUAGUUUCUCAGAGCGGCAAUAAUAGAAUGUGGAAUAGAAAGCAGUGUUCCACAGAUCUUAAGUCUUCCCCUUUCCCUGACUUUGUCAUUAACUUCUACUGCAACAGAGACCAAAGUAAAAAGAAAUCGAAACUGUGAUGGAUACUAACAGUCUAAAUUUCUCCUUUUUUGUUUGUAAUCUCUCUGACAUAUAUAUUGAGCAUGAAAAAGAAAGACAAAAGAAUAAAGAGUGAGGGCUAGGACCCGUUUCCUAAUGCUUGUUGAAGCAGCAGCCAGCUAGGCCCUGUAUAUUAGUAUAUACAGUAUUACAUUUACUAAUGGUAUUAUAUUUUUAUACUCUAUCAACAUAAGCAUAUUUUACUCACCGCUGCAUACGAAGCACCUAAAGCAUGUUAACCAGUGCUUAUGUGAGACUGAUUUGUUAAUACUUAUUUUUUUAACUCAUUUAAAUGUCGUCACAGUAUUGUGUACAUUGUCUUUUGUAAUUCCCUCUUUUAUAAGACUCCUAUAAGUGUGAAGUCGCGUAGUGUUUACAGCACCACUGCAACAAUAUCUUUCUUUUUUUUUUUUUUUUUUUUUAAGUCAUGCACUGUUAUUUGUGUGGGUCUCUUGUACAACCUCAUCAUUUUAUAAACCACUUAAAGUCCUGCCUGUGAAGUCAGCCACUUAAAAAAAAGGAGUACAAGAUCUUAAUAGCUUGAAUGUGCUCAAGUGUCCUUUGAGCUUACUGGACUAUUACCAGGCCCAUGUGGAAUUUGCAGACUUUUAUCACUGAUUGUAUCAGGAAAAAGUAUGUGGAAUUUAGUGUCUUAACAUGGUUAACCAGAGCUGAGAGUACUAACCUCUUAUUACCUUAGUACAUGAUAGAUGUUCAAAUUCUGUGUAACUCUGCAGAUCUCUCCAUGUAUAAAUUCCACGUGGGCCUGUUUAAGAACACAAAAUGAAAUGCUAAGAAUCAACCUAGAUAUAUAAGAGUUAAGUUACUCAAAAUGAAUGAUUGAUUCCACUGUUAAUGAUUAAGGGUAUUUAAUUCUAUUGGCAUUGUGCAUCUGUUUGAAAGGACCCCUGCUCAUGCUCAGGAGGCUUGCCAAUUCUUCUUAAAGUAAUAGUUCACAGAGAAAUAAAACUUCAUUAACUCACCCUCAUGUCGGUCCAGACCUGGCUUUUUUGUUUUGUGGAACUUAAAAGAAAGUAUUUUUGGACCGAAAAAUGUUGGUUGUUUUUUUUUGUCCAUACAAUGGAAUUAUUUGUUUACUUUUUGUUGUGCAGAAAGUCAUACAGGUUUAAAGCAACAUGAAGGUGGGCAAAUGAUUGCAGAAUUAUAAUUCUCAAGUGAACUGUUCCUGCAAUGGCCCAGCAGUCAUGUUUUGAAUAUGCAUGCAUGCUGGCACAUUUGCAUAUUUUUCAAUGAAACGUUGACAGCAUUCAGCCUGUUAUAUGAGCAUAAAGUCUUACUGACCAUUCAGUGCAAUCUUUUGUGCCCUAUUUUAUAACAUGUCUUCCUUGGUUUUCUUGUCUGGACUGCUAUGUCGGAGUUAACUGAUUAUAUUAUGUAAAAAAGAUUAAAAUAUCUUUUCUAAGUUA